AUAAAUGUGAUCCAAGAUGUGAAAGGUUUAGGAAUGGAGAGUGUCAGUCUGAUGGUAGCUGUAUGUGUUGGUGGGGAUGGACUGGACCUAAUGCUGUUUAUGUAACAAAAGGGCUGAUUACUAGGAUUAAGGCUGACUAUUGUGAUAUGUCCUGUCAUUACUCCAAUCAGUUUAUCAAUCCAAAAUGUGCAAAGSAAACUAGACCAAGUAACAGUAAGAGAAAAGGUAUUUCACAAUCUUGUGAUACCAGAUGUGAAGAGAUUCCAGGUCAAGGAGUGUGUCAAUCUGAUGGGCGUUGUCUUUGCUGGUGGGGUUGGACUGGGCCUAAUGCAACAUAUAUUGUCAAUGGAAACCUGACAAAUAGAAUUAAGGCUGAUUAUUGUACAGAAAGCUGUCACUACACACAUGACUAUUUGAAUGUUUCCUGUGCAAGUAUUCCUGAACCAAGAGAAUGUAGUGUACCAGCAAAUACAUCAUCACCAUUACCAUGUAAUCCUCAAUGUGGUGCCGGUGUUUACCAUGGACAGUGUCUCAGCAAUGGACGUUGUCUAUGCUGGUGGGGAUGGACUGGACCCAACUCUUGUUUUGUGGMUGGUGGAGACUAYAAUAAUAGAAUCAUUGCUGAAUACUGCAAUGUUGCUUGUCACUACACUCAUGAUUACAGAAACAACUCAUGUACCUACAAGCAAAAUGAUUUCACUGAACCAACAGCUCAGGUUCAAUGGUCAGACAAUUCUGAUGAUUACCCGUCUGUCUUACCUAACGAGACAAGUCGACCUUUWAUGRUUGAAAAAAACACAGACAUUGUUGAUGACUCUACUAAAGCAACGGUAGAACUUGCCAAAACAGACCAGGCUAYCAUAACYGAACCGYCUUUCACAAUGRAACAGUCUUCUACAGUGGAACMACMUAYCACAACAGGACRRCCUAUCWCAACAGSACAGCCUAUCACAACAACACACCUUACGACAACACAAGAAAUGAAGGAACAAUCGCUAACGGUAGAACAUCAAAACACAACAGAACAGCCUGCAACAACUAAACAUGUUAGUACGACAGAAUUAUUGCAAGCAGUCGAACAGSCUGUCACAACUGAGUACCUUACCGAAACAAAACAGAGUCCGACCAGGGAAAUAUUAUCGAUAUCAGAACAACUUACUACACCAAGCGCAUCAGAACAGCUUACCACGACAGGUCGACAACCUACCACAUCUGAACGCCUACCUAUCAUAACAGAGCACGAACCGACCGCAACAGAACAACCUACAACAACAGAACAACCUACCACAACAGAAGAAACUGCCACGACAGAAAAAUCUACAAUUACAGAACAACAACCUACCACAACAGAACAACCUGACGCAACAGAACAACCUGACGCAACAGAACAACCUGACGCAACAGAACAACCUGACGCAACAGAACAACCUGACGCAACAGAACAACCUGACGCAACAGAACAACCUGACGCAACAGAACAACCUGACGCAACAGAACAACCUGACGCAACAGAACAACCUGACGCAACAGAACAACCUGACGCAACAGAA